AUGCUGCAAUCCCCUCCAAAAAGACGAAAGAUCGAGCCAACUCAGUCGCAGACAAAGAAUGGCGCCACUGCCGAUAAUGGACAACCCACAACUCCCACCAGAGCCUCCUACCUCUCUCCCACGAAAAGUUCCUUGGCGCGCUCCCAUCCCCAUCUCAUCACUCGAGCUUCUCGUCGCUCAGUCACCGAACCAAGGGGAAAACUCUUGAGGGACGAAAUCCUGGGAAGAUCUGAUCACAUUCUUGAGGCACCCAAGACAGCAUCCCAGGUUGCCCGCAUUCAGAGUGCCGACCUUUUGGUAGAGGCAUCCUUGACCCCCGCAAACCAAAACCCGUCGAAGGGAGAUCUCGCUGAAUUGGCAAAGGGGUCGACCACAAAUAUUGGUCAGCCCACUGAUAAGGGGAGUCCGGCACUGAAGGAGCGUCAGCCUGCAAAACAUACGGCUUGGGAAAGAAGUGCACCUAGUGAAGAGCCCGCUUCACCAGCAAUCCUGCCCAACCUGGUCCCAAGAAAAGAGACGGAUGGUAGGCCUGUUCCACGGAGUGAAAGCGGUGAGCCUGAUCUACCUCCGACGCCCGUUGAGCUGGGUCUCAAUCCUGCGCCUGAACGACCUCGUGGUCUUGCAUUAAGCAGUAGCCCUGGGAGUUCGAAGAUGAGUAGGAGAUCGGGUAGAUGGAGAACCGAGUCACGGGGCCUUCUCACGAGCAGUCCUCUCAAACCCAGGGCGCCUCCAGCUGUGGAACCCUCCGAUGAAGAGAAUGAGAGCAUGCAGGAUGACGUUCAAGAAGCAUCGGAGAGCGAGACUGAAGAAGCGCAACGAAACAAUGAAGAAAUGACCGAAGAGAGUGGAAGGCAAGCGUCAACUCUGGAUUCAUUAUACAGAAGAUUACAACAACUGAGAAAGGAGAACGAACAACUCCAGGCAGCUAUUGAUGAUGACAAUGAUUUGAGCGAGGAAACUGUUUCUAUGCUACAGCAAUCACUCCUCGAGGACAAACUCCCUCGAAGCUUUGAGUUUACCGAUGGUGGUGGCAAAUUGCUCUCCCACUUAACAUUCUUUGCACCUGGCAACCUGCAACUGAAUGCUCAGACAGAGACCAAGGCGUUUAGGGAUCGUACGAAGAUCAUCCACUUAUUGAAGGUCGAAGCGCCACCUCCAUGGCCUCCAGAUGCCCUUUCUUGUGUCUUUGAAGUGGUUGUGGACGCCCAGACUGCCAAAGUCGAACAUGUGGACCUGAAGGAGCCAAUGGGCAGAGCACGGCGUACCAAGUCCACAAAAACCGAGAUCUACAAAUGGGUUAACGACCGUUUGGAGCACCCUCUGCAUCGACUUGAUGUAGGUGGCCUGAUCUGGGGCAUAGGACGAUGGUUCAACGCUGCGGUCGAACGUGCCAAAAUCUUUCACUGGAUGGACACCAAAUACAACAGAUCCUCAGCGCACGUUGAACAUCAGAAUGAGGAUGGCAAAGACCAACAGUUGACUCAGGAGAAAGCCAUUGAACUAGCACGAUACCUGGACAUGACUGAAAAUACGGCGGUCGACGCAGAAGUCACCGCUACUGCAGGCGGCAAGAAAUUCAGAAAGAAAGUCAUGCUCAUAUGGACUAUGAACAUUGACUGGGCAGGUGGACUUAGGUCAGACAUCCAGACCACGUUCAGUGGAAUUCCGCAAAAAGCCGAGCCUGGGUUGAGGACCGUCUUCUGCAGCUUGAUCCCGACCUUGGGCGUCAAGGGAGCAUUUGAGAACAUUUGGACACUGCUCCAUGGAGACGGUGACGAAUUCAGAUUCAAUAGUGAGUUGAAGGGCAAGAAAAAGGGGUGA